AUGAAGAGCCCGAUGAUUGGAACAUUCUUACAUUGUUGCAAAUCUCAACAAGUAUCUGACGGUGAUGGAGAUACAUUUGCUGAUCAUUACAGUCUUGCCGAGUCAGAAUUUUUUAAGACAUCUGGCAUGGAAGAUUUCAAGCCCACCACGUCUCAAACUAAGCCCAACUCAGCGCCACUUUUAACGCCCUACCAAGCGGGUUCUUACGAUUUGGCUCACAGAGUGGUUUUGGCUCCUCUGACAAGGCAAAGAUCCUACAACAACAUUCCUCAACCGCAUGCAAUUUUGUACUACUCUCAGCGAACAACCCCCGGCGGCUUGUUGAUCGCAGAGGCAACAGGGGUUUCUGUUACUGCUCAGGGUUGGGUGGAUACGCCUGGAAUAUGGACACAGGAGCAGGUUGAAGCUUGGAAGCCCAUUGUGAAGGCUGUUCAUGACAAAGGGGGCAUUUUCUUCUGUCAAAUCUGGCACUGUGGAAGAUAUUCUCAUGUGGAUUAUCAGCCUAAUGGCCAAUCUCCAGUCUCGUCUACAAGCAAACCAAUAUCUGGAAAGAUCGGUUUACCGAAUCGGAAGGAUGUGGCAGAUUUCUCUCCUCCUAGGCCUUUGAAAACAGAGGAAAUUCCCAAUAUUGUUGCAGAUUUUCGAAAAGCUGCCAGAAAUGCUAUUGAUGCAGGGUUUGACGGUGUUGAAAUCCAUGGGGCUCAUGGGUACCUUGUCGACCAAUUCAUGAAAGACAGCGUGAACGAUCGAACCGAUCGCUAUGGAGGAACAUUGGAGAAUCGUUGCAGAUUUGCACUUGAAGUUGUGGAAGCAGUGGUGGAUGAAAUUGGAGCAGAGCAUGUGGGAAUUCGGCUUUCUCCCUUUUCAGCUCAUUAUGAUGCCCAUGGCUCAAAUCCGGAGGCGUUGGGACUUUACAUGGCAGAGGCUCUGAAUAAAUACAACAUAUUAUAUGCGCAUUUAAUUGAGCCCAGGAUUGUAAAUUCGGAUAGGACGAUAGUCAGUGAAAAGAGCCUUAUUCCCAUCAGAAAAGCAUUCAAGGGGACAUUUUUGGCUGCAGGGGGUUAUGAUCGGGAUGAUGGGAACAAAGCUAUUUCCAGUGGCAAAGCAGACUUAGUGGUUUAUGGGCGACUGUUUUUGGCAAAUCCAGAUCUUCCAAAACGAUUUGAGUGGAAUGCGCCUCUCGAUAAAUACCACAGGGAAACAUUUUUUACGUCCGAUCCUGUUGUUGGAUACACAGAUUAUCCAUUCCUCGAAUCUUGAAAAUGGCUUUUUUUUCUGGUUAGACAAUUAAGGUUUACUUUUUGGGUGGUCCCAUCAAAUUUUUUAGUUAUUUUAUGUUGGCUGUUGGGAGCUUCUUGUUCUAAAAGUACUGUGACUGUGGAAGUUGUAUGGGCAUGCAAUGCUUUAUAUGCAUUUGCAGAAUAUAUUGUAAACCCUCGAUGACUUAAUAAUAUAAUUGCUAGCAA